UGAUUAGACACAUUAGUAUAUAAGUGAAAUCGGAUGCAUUGUUUGUUAAAAGUAAAUUUAUAUUUACUUAAAAUGAAGGUGUUUUUAGUUUUGGCCUUAUUUUGCGCGAGUAGCCUAGCAGCUACAGUAGAUCUCGAAAGUAACAUCGAGUCUGUAGAGGGCCGCGUGCAAAACAUCUUUAUUGAAUUGAGUGCAUCUGGAGCUGAGAAUGCAGAAGAUGAGAAACUGAUCAAAGCAUUAAAUGCGCAGCCUGGUGCGCGCAAUUUCAUCGAAGACCUAAUUUUGGACGCACUAGAAAACGCCAGAGAUGUGAUUAUUAACGGAAACGCCGUACUGCCUCCUCUAGACCCCUUAACGAUUGAUCAACUUGGACCUUACAGAUAUUCCACUACAGGCGCGCGUGUGUCAGCUGAAGCCAAGAACUUGAGAUUGGAAGGUCUUCGCUGGUUCCUCGUUGAUAGGCUCGUCGUGAACCCCCUGAGACUGACCUUCGGCCUUCACAUUACUGUGCCCCGCUUGGAGUUUAACAGCAGAUACGAAGUCCGUGCCAGAGUUGCUUUGUUGCUUACACACCGAUCUGCUGGUAACAUUCGGGUUUUCUUGAACCGUAUGGAGUUUGGUGUGGACGCACGUUUGGGAACAAACAUCUUCGGAGGCGGCCACCUCGUGUUGAGAUCAUUGAACAUCAAGAUCGAUGUUCACGAUACUCAAAUAAGUAUCACUGGAAUGACAGGCUCCAGUCUCAUUAACGCCGUGAUCAGUAACACCAUUCAAAACAUAUCUCAAAGCGUCAUACAAGACAACUUGGAAAAAAUUAGCCGCAUCCUGAGUGAAGAGUUAUUCGUUAUAAUUAAUGAAAUAUUGAAGGAUUAUAAACUAGCUGAUCUCGGCUGGUAGACUUUUGAUCAUGUAGGUAAUCCGUAAACGUGUCUUCUGUGAUAAAAAGAAAAUAUACCUCCUAUCAUAUACUGAAAAAUGUUGGUAAUAAUAAUAAAUCAAAUUACCUAAA